UAAAACAAUUAAAAGCACAGAACAUGCAAAAUAUAAUUAAAUGAUUGCUAAUUACAGAUACUUUACUGCACACUAAACACACACAAAGUAGAUAUGGAUAGACUUCUUGGCGGACAAAUAGGUUUGGAUGACUUUAUUUGCGUCCAUCGAAAAGGGCAGCGAAAAGAGUUAGAAAUGACAAAAACGGACCAAUAUUUGGGACUCACAAUCACUGACAACGGGAACGGCUAUGCGUUCAUCAAGAAAGUCAAAGAAGGCAGUGCUGCCCAUCAAAUCAAAUUCAUUGAGGCCGGCGAUCACAUCGAGAAAAUAAACAAUGAAAGUAUGGUUGGGUUGAGACACUUCGAGGUGGCGAAGACUCUCAAGGAUAUCGAGUUGGGCUCAACAUUCAUCAUCAGAUUGAUAGAGCCCUUCAAAAAUAGCUUCCAAAGUAUUGGUCCGCGAAGUGAGUCGCGAAAGUCUUCGCCGUCGAUAGCCUACGGGUCGGGAAAGGAAACGCUGAGAAUCCGUAAGAAAGGGCCGCCAGUUGUGGAGUCGAUGCCGACAGAAGUGGUGAGAGCGGCGUUGGAGAAAAUCAAUUCACUGCUCGAGUCAUUUAUGGGCAUUAAUGAUAACGAUUUGGCGAAUGAGAUCUUGGAUUUGGGACAACAGAAGUCUAAUCCACACGACUUUGUGAUGGCUAUCGAUAACUCCGAUCUCAAAGAGUUUGGUUUCAGCGAUAAUUUUAUAUUUGAUUUGUGGGGCGCCGUCACUGACGCCAAAGCCGGACGUUUGGCCAAAAUUUAAUUAUUCUGUUUGUGACUUAUAUUUUGUAUUAUUAAAAAUUAAUAUGUUUUCAAAGAAUUAUUUAUU